AUGGGAAUCAGAAUUGUCGGUCGCAAAUUUAUACUCCCACUUAUUUCAUUCUUCUCCUCUCUCGCGGAGCAGGCGUAUCACUAAUGAACUUGUUGCAGGAGACGGCGACGAGACGCGAAAGACGAUGUCCUCGGCAGCAGCGACGACUCAAUUCCCAUCAUCAUCUUCGUCGGAGCCAACGGGAGCAGGAGGAGGGGGUCCACUUGUGGUAAAUCGACGAAGACAAGAAGGCAACCCGGUGCUCAAGUACGUUCGAAACGUGCGCUACGAAUGGGGAGACAUCGGACCGGAUUUCGAGUGCGGACCCUCGUUCGCCGUCGUCUAUCUCAGUUUCAAGGUACGUUAAAAGAGAGAGAGAGAGAGGGACACGCGGUCGUUAGCUGUUUCUAAAAUAAAUGAAACUUGAAAGAAGCUGAGUCAUGGAGUCUGUGCGCGAACGAAUGGAAAUCGUGAAGAAAACGCCGCACAAACACUUUCUCGUGUCGUUUCAUUUUCCCAUUUGGAAGAAUCUGUGUUUGACGAAAAGAUUCGCAGGGCGGAACGGCCGAGAGUGGUGUCCGACUUGCACCGAAUGACUUUUGUACUCUUUCUCUUUUCACUCUCUCUCUCCCUCUCGCUCCAACCAACAACCAUUUUCUCUUUUUAGUACCACAAACAACAUCCGGAAUACGUGUACUCGCGAAUCAAUGGAAAAGCGGAGAAUCGGUAUAGAAACAAGGUGCGUGCCGCUCUUCUGCUCCGAAACAAUAGAAGCGAGCGAUAAUUGCCCCGCUGUCGUUUAGGUUCUUCUCGGCUAUUGCAACAUGGAAGAGCCGCGUCAUGUGCUCCGUGAGCUGAAUAUGAUCUGUUUCCGUGAGGAGUGGACUCUUGUCGUCGUUUAUACGGUAAGGAUGACGUGCGAAAACGAAAGCUGAAUGUAGAGAAAUCGUUUUAAAUCGAAAUCUCAAGAAUCAUCAUGAGGAAGCAUCAGAAAUCCUUCUCACCGAAAACUCGAUUUGACAGGUCGAGGAGGCGGCCGAGUACAUCGAGCUAUUCAAGACGACACAGAAGAAGGAAAUCACGAUCAAGUGAGUUUCUCGGAAAGCCAAAAAUGUGGGUGGGGCUUCUAUUCUGUGGGCUCGAGACGGCCGUCAUUGUUUAAAAACGACGCCACGAUGAUGAUGAGGAUGGAGAAAGGAGAAAAAAGACAAAUUUUUUUCACGACUGCAUUUUCAUUCUGCCGUCAAAAAAGGGCGGAGUCUGGUGAGGGGGCUCGCCGUCGGAAAGUGUAAUUUCUUCCGGCUCCGGAGGGACGGCGAAGCGCAGAAGCAGAUGAUAAAUGUUUUGAGAAGAGCAUGAACAACGCGAAGAAGAAGUUGGAAAAUGGGAGAGAAAUGCCCGGAAGACAACAUCUGCUCUGAAUAUUUUACCCAACUUUUUUUGUUCGCAGCCUCCGUCUGACGGCUCCCCUCCCGUCCCUUUUCAUUUUCAACACACACACACACACAUUUGCUGUCUCGGGAGCAACAGCAAUUUGCGGGCAGAGGAAGCACUUUGGGAUAAUUUUAUGGGGCGACGAGGAAAAACGUAGAAAAAGAGUAGAAGAAUGGAGAAAGUUUGAGGGAAACCGGGAAUGAAUAUAAUCAAAAGAUGCGCUUCUGAAUACAAACUUCCAGAAAGAAGGCACUCGAUGACGGAGGCGACUCUUCGAUCAGCGACGAACGACGUCGGAACCGUGACGCGGCUGUGGGCUUCCUGACCGCUGCGAGAAGUAUCACAAAAUCUGACGCGGAUCGGUAAGCGACUCAAAACAAGUGUGAAAUCCGAUAGCCGGCCUUGUCAUUUACUCUCCUGAUCAUCAAUCUUUUCACUUCGGAUCUCUUGACUCACUGUCUAGACCACUGAAAAAAAACGAAAACAAUCUAAUGGCCUAGCAUGCAAAACUUCGGCCGUGUGCUGUGAACUUCUCUCGGAUAAUCAUUUUUCUCAUUUCCAGACUUCUCUUCCAUUUUGGGACUCUUCGGGCGAUUUCGUUGGCGAAAGAGUCGGAAUUAUUGGAGUUUAUGGGCCUCGGACCAAUUAAAGCAAAGAAUUUAUACAACUUUCUCCAUACCACAAUUUCCCCCGAAUGA